GCGCUCACUCGAUAGCGUACUAUCCACGAGACUGUGGUGUAAAAGACAGAGGACGGCUGGUGGGACUACAAAAAGGGUUGAUCUGUUCUCAAUUCCAAAUACGAAGCUGGCACCGUAGAACCUCACCAGAAUUAAUCCAAGCCACAAGGCAUCGAUCAAGACUUGAUUCAAGUCUACUGCGACAAAGACACCUCCACAUAUUAGGCAAUCAGAACUGCCCGCGGAGAGAACAACUCCAGACGUUUCAAUGUCAAAACCAAUAAUACAAAAGCAAACCAGUCGAACUGUCAAUCGUGAAAAAGACCAGGCAGCGUGUUUCCUUUUUAUACCCGCACAGCUCGGCCACUACCUCAUCGGAUUCAGGCACGAAUUGCUUUUUUCCGGCAUCCUGCAGCGUUCCUUGACUCCGUUAUUCUUGAAACACUAG